AAAGCAGAGAAAUCGAAAUCAUUACAAAACACACUCGAUAAAUGCUAUCAGACCCCCACACCAAAACCCUAGUAAAAAUAUCCAAAAACGCUACAUAAAUGGCAAUGACAUCUCUCCUCGGUCCUCCAGAGCUCCACAACCCAACUCUUUUAGCAAAACCACCCCCAAGCGAAGCUACAGAUGGCGUUAGUGAUCCGUUCAUGGAUCUCAUGGUGGCCAAUUUCAAUAAAACUACCAUUGAUCCAAUGCAAUCUCCACCAAUGGGUUACACUGAGAAUUGUUCGGCGACAUAUCUCUCAUCGGGCAAUCCUUGCCUUGAUUUCUUCUUCCAUGUCGUACCCAAUACCCCUCCCCAAUCCAUUAGGGAGAAGCUCCACGAUGCAUGGCAGUACAACCCCUUGACCACCCUUAAGCUUAUAUGUAAUCUUAGGGGUGUUCGUGGCACCGGAAAAUCUGACAAAGAAGGGUUUUAUGCCGCGGCGAUUUGGCUUCAUCAAUUCCACCCCAAAACGCUUGCUUUUAACGUUUCAUCUUUGGCGAAUUUCGGUUAUUUCAAGGACUUGCCCGAGAUUCUUUACCGUCUUCUGGAGGGAUAUGAUGUGAGGAGGAUCCAAAAAGCACAGUGGGAGCAGAGAAAAAGGGGGGGCAAAAGGAAAGGAAACAGUUUUAAAUUUAGGCUUUCGACAUUUCGAGGUCCGUUUCAACACCGAACCAAAAGCAAACGGUCUAAGCGAUCAAGGCGAGCAAAGCCCACUGUGACCAGACAGAUAAGGAUCUCGAACGCUAUGCAAAGGAACAAAAUUGAGAAAGAGAAAGCAAGCGUGGCCAGGAAAGAGAAGAAAGUAGCCAUGGCCAAGAAGGUUUUUGAGAGAUAUAGCCGAGACCCUGAUUUCCGAUUCCUAUACGAGCACGUCACGGACUUCUUCGCUGAGUGCCUGAAAACAGAUAUGGAGCACCUCAACUCUGGUCAGACGACAAAGGUGAGCCUUGCUGCUAAAUGGUGCCCGUCGAUCGACUCUUCUUUUGAUCGAUCAACUUUGCUUUGUGAGGGUAUUGCGAGGAAGAUAUUUCCUAGAGAAUCCUAUCCUGAAUAUGAAGGAAUCGAAGAGGCACAUUACGCUUAUAGGAUUCGGGAUCGAUUGAGGAAGGAGGUUUUAGUGCCGCUUCGAAAGGUUCUGGAGUUACCAGAAGUGUAUAUUGGGCAUAACAGAUGGGGUGAUAUUCCAUACAAUCGGGUUGCUUCUGUGGCUAUGAAAUUUUACAAGGAGAAGUUCUUGAAACAUGACGCUGAGCGUUUCUCCAAGUAUUUAAAGGAUGUGGAAUCUGGGAAGGCCAAGAUCGCAGCGGGCGCUUUGUUUCCUCAUGAGAUAAUUAUGGCUUUGGAUGAUGAUGAUGGUGGGCAAGUGGCAGAGCUGCAAUGGAAAAGAAUGGUGGAUGAUCUUGUCCAGAAGGGGAAGUUGAAAAACUGUAUGGCUAUUUGUGAUGUGUCUGGUAGCAUGAGUGGGAUACCAAUGGAGGUAUCUGUAGCAUUGGGUGUGUUAGUUUCUGAACUGAGCGAGGAGCCAUGGAGAGGAAAGGUUAUUACUUUCAGUGAAAGACCUACUCUUCAAAUGGUCCAAGGAGAUAGUCUUAGGGCGAAGACAGAGUUUGUGAGAAGCAUGGAUUGGGGAUGUAACACUGAUUUCCAAAAGGUGUUUGACCUCAUCCUGAAAGUGGCUGUUGAUGGGAAAUUGAAGGAGGAUGAGAUGAUAAAGAGGGUAUUUGUGUUCAGUGAUAUGGAGUUUGAUGAAGCAUCAUCAAGACCUUGGGAAACAGACUAUAAAGUGAUAGAGACGAAAUUCAGAGAGAAAGGGUAUGAAAACGUGAUCCCAGAAGCUGUGUUUUGGAAUUUGAGAUAUUCGAGGGCUACACCAGUACCUGCAACGCAAAAAGGGGUGGCGUUGGUAAGUGGGUAUUCAAAAAAUUUGAUGAAGGUGUUCUUGGAUGGGGAUGGUUCUGUAGACCCUGUGUCCGUCAUGGAAGCUGCCAUCUCUGGAGAAGAGUACCAAAAGCUUUCUGUGCUGGACUAAUCACAUUCCUUUAUUUUUUUUUUCCUUCUAUAAGAAUUAGUUAUAUAAGCAUCAGUAUUAUAAAGGCUGCUGCUUUUUUUUAAUGAAAUGGACUAGCUGAGCUCUUCAUUUUCUGUAGGCCUCUGUUUUGAAGUGUAUAUGGUGCCUUACUCUUUUA